AAGCCCUACUCGAUUUCGGUCCUCCACUCGAAGCAGAGCGGAGGAGGUGAAGGAGGAGGAAGCGGGAGAGGGUGAGGAGGGGGAUGGAUCCGAAGGCCUCGGCGAAGUCGAAGAGAGCCCACACGCAGCACGGCCGGGCGAACCACCCUUCGCCGUCCGCAAUCGCCCAGCGGAAGAAGCACGGGAACAGCAAGGACAAGAAUCCGACGCAGGGCGGAGGAGGAGACGGGGAGCCAAAGCGGUCACGCGUCCCCGCCCUCCCAUCCAAUUUGGAUCGUUACGGCGAGGAGGAGGAAGAGGAGUUGAAUGGCGCCGGGAACCCCGCGGCCACCGAGGUCGCGCCCAAAAGCAAGGGGGCGGACUUCGGCUAUUUGCUCGAGCAGGCUCGGACGCAGCAGCAGGAGCGUCGUAAUCUUGCUGCUCGCGGCCUCUCCGCGUCCUCUUCAUCGGAAGAGUUUCCCUUUGGUUUAAUGCAGGGACUGAGCUCUAUGCUAUCUGUUAGAGGAAAAGCUCUACUAUCAUUGUGUGAAGAUGAUAAUUUUAUCAUUGAUGACGAUGAUGAUACCUCAUCAAGUUAUGAGGUCCCUUUCCUCUCCAUCGAUUUGCAUGCAAUUGAUGCACAAUUAUCAAAACUGAAGCUCUCAGAGAGGCUCUUCAUUGAAUCAGAUUUAUUUCCUGAAGAGCAGUGUGUUGACGAGUCAAAUGAGAAGCAGAUAUCUGAGCAACCAGAAGAUUCAGUAGCAAGUGAUAUAAAACAUGAUUAUGUUCCAUCAACUUCUAUGAAUGUGGAUGGCCAAAAUAACCCUAGUAACCAUUACAGAGGUAGUGAAAUUGAUGAAGGUGCAUUGUUGAAGAAGCAUCAUUCACAAUUGUUAUCGGAAAAUAUUACCAAGCUUCAUCCAACUAAAGAAUUGAGGUCACAAGAGUUUUCCCCAAGCAGAAUAACUCAAGGUUCCAACUCCAAUCUUAGCAUAUAUGCUGUUUCAAACCCAAUGGAGAACACUACCUCUAAGUUUGAGAUGGCAGCAGCAGAAGCAGAGCUUGAUAUGCUUCUUGACUCACUAAGUGGAACCAGUUUUUCUGGUGCUGCUUCAGAUGAUCUGAUCAAUGAUGUUUCAGGUCCCAGUAAUGCAACUUCUUAUUCUUCAGCCAAUACAUUACCGUUAUCCGCCAGGAAGGGUUCUGAUUCCUCAAUAAAUGUACCAACAAGCUCAAUUGAUGAUGCCAUUGACGAUUUGCUUGCUGUGACAUCAUUAAGUCUUACGGACAAGAACUACAAUGGAAGCGCAACAGAGGAGGGAGCAUUACAUUCUAAGGUUCACGCUCCUCCAGCUUUUGGUUCAAAAUCAGCUGAUCAGUCUAGCUCCUUGAGAACAGAAGCUAGAACUGCUCUUGAUGAUGCCAUUGAUGAUUUGUUUGGUGAGAAAUCUGUUUUUUCCGAGGAUCAAAAGCAGGAACCAUCAGCAAUCACCCUUCCUUUGCGACCUCCUUUUGGUUCAAAACCCAUGGAUGACUUUGAUUCUUGGCUUGAUACCUUGUGAAGCAGGAAUCUGAAGAAAGGGACACAAUCAAACCACUCAACAUGUCAACUUGGGUGUUCAUAUCUGCUUUAGCUCAGUUUUGGCAAAAUUCCAUUUGUUUUAUAUGGAACACAACUCGACAACUGUUCAUCCUUCCAGCACAAAUUGGCCAAAGUAAUAUGCAUUGCACAUGGAUACUAUGAAUACGUUGCUCAUCUCCUUCUGGCCACAUGUUCAAAGUCAGUGAUUGAAAUGCCUUCUUGAUGGGUGUUUCAAGUCGUUGGAUCUGCCAGUUGAAGAGCGCAUUACAGAUUUAGCUCAUCUUAUUUAGCAGAAGAACUUGGCGUUACCUGAAUUUUGAACUCGGCAACCUAUUCCCAAGAUGAUAUGUUUAUUAUAUGCUUUUCACGUAAAGUGAUAUGGUGGAAGCAUAGCAGAGGGUAAUGGUUUGUGUUGUUUUACCAUCUCACGCAAACAUUCCUGAUGAUGGUCCAUUGUACCCCAAAAAGCCUCGAUGUUUGUCCUGGUUACUUUGCUGGCAGUGCUGGAAGGUAAACUUUCAUGUUGCUGGUACCUGUUUCAAGUAUUGAUGCUGAAAUUGGAAGCUUGGUAAAGAACACAUCUCUGUUUCAACUCUUAGUAUAA